AACAUCGCAUUUCUAACCUCUCAUGCCGCGUGAGGUGAUUUUAGUACAAUACGGUAUUACAUCAGCCAAGGCAAAACACUAGUAAAUUACCCGGUUUAUCCCAUAAAAGUGGUGACGUAGGGGCGAUCGACUCAUCUCUACUCUAUUAAUCCUGCAAAAUAGUGAUUUAUAAAAAAAUAUGUGUGGAAUAUGGGCCGUUUUUGGAUCUGAAACCAACCUUCACACGGUGUGCGCUCAUGCCUUUAGUAAAAUUGAACACAGGGGUCCAGAUGCUUGGAGGGUUGAAUAUGACAAACAAUUAAAGAACUGUUGUGUGGGUUUCCACAGACUGACCAUUGUAGAUUGUACUUAUGGUAUGCAACCAAUGAGGCUUCACCAGUAUCCUCAUAGGAUGCUUACUUGUAAUGGAGAACUCUAUAACUGUAAGGAGCUUAAAACAGAGCACGACUUCAACUAUGAAACCUUCAGUGAUGUAGAGUGUAUCUUUCAUCUAUAUGAGAAAUUCGGAAUUGAAAAGUGCAUCAGAAGCCUAGAUGGCGUAUUUGCUUUUUGUAUUGUGGAUAUCCCAAAAAGAAAAAUAUUUUUGGGAAGAGAUCCUUAUGGGGUACGACCUCUUUUUAGAAUUAUCAGUGAAAAUGGGGUACUGGGUAUUUGUUCUGAAGCUAAAGGGUUAACAGCUCUUGUAACCGAUUUAAAUGGUUCUAAAAAAACUUUAGAACCAUUUCCGCCAGGAACGUUUGAAGAGUUUGACAUUUUAGAAAAGGGUACAGUAAAACUGGUCAGAAGUGAGCGAUAUUUUAAUCCUGGGGAUAGGCCAUUUUUUAAUACUUUUGUACCGUGGCAAGAUCUGCCACAGUACAAGCACGAAGAAAAUAUAAAAAAACUUUUGACUAUGGCUGUUAGAAAACGGUUAAUGGCAGAUAGAAGAAUAGGUUGUCUUCUCUCAGGUGGGCUGGAUUCUUCCUUAGUGGCUGCCAUAUUAGUUAAAGAAACAAAAAAGAUUAAUCUACCAUACAAAAUUCAAUCAUUUGCAAUAGGAAUGGAUGGUAGUCCAGAUCUCGAAAAAGCUAAACAAGUGGCUAAAUACUUAGAUACUGACCAUCAUGAAGUUAUUUUUACAGAAGAGGAUGUGAAAAAUGUGCUGGAUGAUGUCAUUUAUUCACUGGAAACCCCUGACAUUACAACUAUAAGAGCUUCAGUUCCUAUGUACUUGCUAUCAAAGUAUAUUUUAGAAAAUACUGACACCACUGUGGUGUUUAGUGGAGAAGGUUCGGAUGAAGUCUCUCAAGGGUACAUAUACUUUAGAGAUGCUCCAAACCCUCAGGCUGCUCAUGAGGAAAGCUUAAGACUUUUAAGAGAAAUCUAUAUGUUUGAUGGUUUGAGGGCUGAUAGGACAAUGGCUGCCCAAAGUUUAGAACUUCGAGUACCAUUUUUGGAUCUUCAAUUUUCUCAUUAUUACUUGAGUAUUGAUCCUGAAUUGAGACAACCCAAGGACGGAAUAGAGAAAUUCUUACUAAGAAACGCCUUUGAGAAUACAGAUAUUUUACCACAUGAUAUAUUAUGGAGGCCUAAAGAAGCUUUUAGUGAUGGCGUGGCAUCAAAAAAGAAAUCCCUUUUUGUGAUCCUCCAAGAAAUAGCCGCCAAACGUAUACAAGAGCCAUUCGAUAAAGAUGACGCAGCCAAAAAAUAUCCUCAUUGCAGCCCUGUCUCAACAGAAGCCUUGUACUAUAGAGAGGUUUUUGAAAAAAGUUAUCCCAACUUGGCAGAAAAGUUUCUGCCAUACUAUUGGAUGCCGCGAUGGGUCGAGGGAGUAAAAGACCCUUCUGCUCGAUUUAUUAAGCAUUAUAAUGCUGGAGAAUCUUAAAUUUGCACUUUUGUUAUAUAUACAUUUUUAAUUAUUUUUAUUAAAUUUUUCUUAACGUU